AUCGACCAGUAAUAUAAAUAGAGAUGAAAAUGCUACUUUGAAUUCUCAUCUUUCAUAAGCUUAGUUACCAUAUAUCUCGUCUUUAUUUGCAUUUUGACCUUCAAGGUAAAAUCUCUUACUGCUUUUGAGCCUCUGAAUCAUUCUGAAAAGUAUGCAUGGAUCAUCUACCCUCUCUCUGUUUUUGACUCUAAUUCAGUAAUUUGAUCUUAUGGGUUGUAUAAAAGUCUUCUCCUUUUCAACAUACAAUGCCAUUAAGACUUGAUUCUUAAACCUCUAGGCCAUAGUUCAGUCUUAUUCUGAAAAGUGUUUUGAUGUUUGUUUGCAAAAUCAGAUGAUGAGUGCUUUUGGUUCAAAGUGUGCAUCUUUAUGAUGGAUCAUCUAGUCUAUCUCUGUUUCAGUAAUUUCAUCUUGUGGGUUGUGAAAAAGUCUUGUCCUUUUCAACAUACAAUGCCCUUAAGACUUGAUUCUUAAGCCUCUAAGGCCAUAGAUCUUCUCAGAUGUCAUCUUACAAGACAUGUAUAUGUUUAUCCUUAAAAUUAUUUUGAUGUUUGUUUGCAGCUUAAGAUGACGAGUGGUUAUGGUUUUGGUUUGGAAGACUCAAAUGGCUCGACAAAACCUGUACGAAUCGUUGUGGUUGGUGAGAAAGAAACUAGGAAAACAAGUUUGAUCAUGGCUGCAGUAACUGAUCAUUACUAUCCUGAACCUAACAUCCCUUCUCUGUUACCUUAUACAAAACUACCUUCUGAAUAUUGCUCUGAAGAUGUUCCGGUUACCCUUAUCGACACUUCUUCAAGAUCAGAAGACAAGAGAGAUGUCAUUAGGGAAGUCAAGGAAGCAGAUGCAAUAGUUCUAACGUUUGCAAUAGAUAGACAAGAGACUUUGGACCGUUUAAUUGAAUAUUGGCUUCCUCUGUUUCGACAACUAGAGGUGAGAGUCCCUAUCGUAGUAGCAUGUUAUAGUGUUAUCAAAAACGAACAUAAUCCGGUCAACAUUGAAGAAAUAACGUUACCUAUAAGGCAACAAUGUCAAGAGAUAGAGAUAUGCAUUGAGUGGUCUGCUCCCUGGCUAUCUGAUAUCAGUUGGCUUGCUCAAGCGGUUUUUGUGCAAGCGCAAAUAUCGGCUAUGUACCCAAUAGGACCAGUGUAUGAUCGAGUAACCAAUUCACUGAAGCCUCGCUGUAUUGCUGCCUUAAAACGUAUAUUUGAACUAUAUGCGCGUAACAAUGAUUACAUUCUCAGUGAUGACGGGUUAAGCGAUAUGAAUGUUCGUAGCUUCGGUAUACCAGUAAUGCCUUCUCGUAGUAGAGAAUUAAUAAAAUCUGUUCAAGAACUGUGUCCACUAGGAGUCAAAGAAAACGGACUCACAAUAGAUGGCUUCUUGGUUCUAAUCACAAAGCUUAUCAACGAUAGAAAACUCAGAACGUUAUGGACUAUUCUUAGGACAUUAGGAUAUAACAAUGAUUUAAGACUUGUACAUGAGAUGAUUCCUUAUUCAUCAUUCAAACGCAUGCAUGAUCAGAGUGUUGAGCUGACAGAUCAAGCUAUUGGAUCCUUAAAGAGAGCCUAUCACCGUUUCGAUAACUUGGGACCUCAAAUGAUGGAAUCUCUCUUUGAAACUGCACCUGAAAGUCCUUGGAAUGGAGCUCCUUAUAAGGAUGCUACAGAGAAAACUAGCAAUGGAGGAUUAUCACUUGAAGCUUUCCUCUCACUGGUAAUCAAGAACGGUUUCAAGAAGAUCCCAUAUCAAAUGUUUACAAUUUGUCCUAAAUCUUUAAAACUAUUUCUAUCUUUGCAGUGGUCAUUGAUGACACUACUAGAUCCGGCUAGGAGUCUUGAAUAUUUCAUUUGCAUUUGUCACCCUGAUGAUCCAUCUUCAGCAGUUCAUGUUACUAGGAGGAGAGAGCUAGACCGCAAGGAGCAAAUCUCUGUAAGAAAAGUUGUUCAGUGUUUUGUCUUUGGACCUACGAAUGCUGGAAAGUCUGCACUGCUCAAUGGAUUUAUUGGAAGGUUUGUUUGUUUUAAAACUCAGGUCGAAAAUUGAUUUUACAUAACAUAAAAUUUAUGUCUUAUUGUAUAUGAUCUUAGGCCAUAUGAUGAUGACAAUAGAGAUGGAUUAGGUGAGGAGCGUUAUGCUGUUAAUAUGGUUGGGAACUCUGGUGUAACUGGAGGUACAAAGAAAACUCUGGUGAUGAAGGAGAUUCAAUAUCAAGAAGAUGGAUUCCUAUUAUCAGAUGAAGCAUUGGCUUCUUGUGAUGUAGCAGUCUUUGUUUAUGAUUCUUCUGAUGAGUCUUCUUGGAAGAGAGCCAUUGAUAUGGUUUCUGAGGUUGCAACAAUUAGUGAAGACGCAGGGUUUGUGUUUCCUUGUCUAAUGGUUGCAGCUAAAAUGGAUCUUGAUUCAUUCCCAAUGGCAAUUCAAGAAUCCACUAGGGCUACACAAGAUAUAGGGAUUGAAGCUCCAAUACCAAUCAGUUCCAAACUUGGAAAUUUCGAUAACUUGUUUCACAAGAUACUAACCGCGGCUGAGCAUCCUCAUUUGUGUAUUCCAAAGAUUGAGUCAAAGAGGAAAAGGGUCCUCAAGCUAAUCAAUUCUUGGAUUCCAGAAUGUUGGGUCAAAUGCUUCUGUAUUUCAUCAUAA